ACCUACCACAAAACCGGAAAGUGCUGUGUCAUGUCACUUUGAGGAAGCCGAGAGAAGAAAUCGCAGAGAAACAAUUAAUUAUUUCAGCCGUAAUUAAGAAUAAUUAUCAGGAUGGAAGACUACAGAAAGCCGGUGGAGGCCCAUUUUUCUCCUUAUGCCAUGAAUGGAGGAACUGUUCUAGGAUUGUCUGGUGCAGACUAUGCCAUCAUCGCUUCAGACACUCGACUGAGUGAAGGUUUCACUAUUCAUACUCGAAAUUCCCCCAAAAGUUAUAAAGUGACUGACUCAACAGUUUUGGGUUGUGUUGGUUUUCAUGGAGAUGUCCUUACUUUAACGAAAAUUAUUGAAGCUCGUCUGAAGAUCUACGAACAUGACCAUCAUAAAGUAAUGUCUUGUAAUGCGGUUGCAGCCAUGUUGUCUACCAUUCUCUACUACAGACGCUUCUUUCCUUAUUACACAUACAACCUCAUCGCUGGAAUUGAUGAAGAUGGUAAAGGAGCCGUGUAUAGUUUCGAUCCUGUCGGAUCUUACCAAAGGGAACAAUGCCGAGCUGCUGGGUCUGCUAGUUCUAUGUUACAACCAAUUUUGGACAACCAGAUUGAAUGUAAGAAUCAAACAAAUGUAGAGAAGAAAGAGUUGUCGAAAGAAAAGGCCAUUGAACUCGUGAAGGAUGUGUUCAUAUCUGCUGCCGAGAGGGACAUUUAUACUGGAGAUGCAGUUCUUAUGAACAUCAUAACCAAGGAUGGUAUCACAAUUGAGCAAUUUCCACUGAGAAGAGAUUGAUUGCUUGUUUUAAAAAAAAUUAAUAAAAUUUAAAUAUUUUGCUCAUUCUGUCAAUUUAGUUUAAGGAACAAAAAUGCAAAAAGAAAAAUAGAAAAAAAAAAAAUAAUUUCUUCUUCUUCUGACACCUGAAGAACAUUGCACAUUUCUACAUCCAAGUGGGAAACCUCAAGUUCUUACAAUAAAACCGUUUUCAUUCAUCUCUUUAUCUCA